GUGGGCUGGAAGCUGUGGACGCGUUGGAGCUGCGGGCGGUCAGCCGGAGUUCCAGCCUCUGGAGUAUGAAUGCUAAGCUGUUCGCUUCUGGGCUGUGCUAAGAGGACGGGAAGAGCCAUGGCCGCCGCCGUAGCCGCCUCGCACCUGAACCUGGACGCGCUCCGCGAAGUGCUCGAAUGCCCCAUCUGCAUGGAGUCCUUCACGGAAGAGCAGCUGCGGCCCAAACUCCUGCACUGCGGCCACACCAUCUGUCGCCAGUGCCUGGAAAAGCUCCUGGCCAGCAGCAUCAACGGUGUCCGCUGCCCCUUCUGCAGCAAGAUCACCCGCAUUACCAGCCUGACCCAGCUGACGGACAACCUGACCGUGCUGAAGAUCAUCGACACGGCGGGGCUCAGCGAGGCCGUGGGGCUGCUCAUGUGCCGGGCCUGCGGCCGGCGGCUCCCGCGGCAGUUCUGCCGGAGCUGCGGCCUGGUGCUUUGCGAGCCGUGCCGGGAGGCGGAGCACCAGCCUCCGGCCCACUGCACCCUCCCGGUGAAGGAGGCCGCGGAGGAGCGGCGCCGGGACUUCGGGGAGAAGCUGACCCGCCUGCGGGAGCUGACGGGCGAGCUGCAGCGGCGCAAGGCCGCCCUGGAGGGCGUCUCCAAGGACCUGCAGGCCAGGUACAAAGCCGUGCUCCAGGAGUACGGGCACGAGGAGCGCAGGAUCCAGGACGAGCUGGCUCGCUCGCGCAAGUUCUUCACCGGCUCCCUGGCCGAGGUGGAGAAAGCCAACAGCCAGGUGGUGGAGGAGCAGAGCUACCUGCUCAACAUCGCCGAGGUGCAGGCCGUGUCCCGCUGCGACUACUUCCUGGCCAAGAUCAAGCAGGCCGACGUGGCGCUGCUGGAGGAGACGGCCGACGAGGAGGAGCCGGAGCUCACCGCCAGCCUGCCCCGCGAGCUCACCCUGCAGGACGUGGAGCUCCUCAAGGUGGGCCACGUGGGGCCCCUGCAGAUCGGGCAGGCCGUGAAGAAGCCGCGCACGGUGAACGUGGACGACGCCUGGACCGCGGAGGCCGCCGCGGCCCCUGUCUCCUCCGCCGCCUGCCCCUCCGUCACCUUCCGGGAGAUGGACCUGAGCCCCGAGGAAGUGGCCGCCAGCCCCCGAGCCUCGCCGGCUCGACAGCGGAGCUCGGAGGCGGCCUCCGGCAUCCAGCAGUGCCUCUUCCUCAAGAAGAUGGGCGCCAAAGGCAGCACGCCGGGCAUGUUCAACCUCCCGGUCAGCCUGUACGUGACCGGCCAGGGCGAGGUGCUGGUGGCCGACCGCGGCAACUACCGCAUCCAGGUCUUCACCCGCAAGGGCUUCCUGAAGGAGAUCCGCCGCAGCCCCAGCGGCAUCGACAGCUUCGUGCUCAGCUUCCUGGGCGCCGACCUGCCCAACCUCACCCCGCUCUCGGUGGCCAUGAACUGCCACGGGCUGAUCGGCGUGACCGACAGCUACGACAACUCGCUCAAGGUGUACACGAUGGACGGACACUGCGUGGCCUGUCACCGGAGCCAGCUGAGCAAGCCGUGGGGCAUCACCGCCCUGCCCUCGGGCCAGUUCGUGGUCACCGACGUGGAAGGCGGCAAGCUGUGGUGCUUCACCGUGGACCGCGGGGCCGGGGUGGUCAAGUACAGCUGCCUGUGCAGCGCCGUGCGGCCCAAGUUCGUCACCUGUGACGCCGAGGGCACCGUCUACUUCACCCAGGGCCUGGGACUGAACCUGGAGAGCCGGCAGAACGAACACCACCUGGAGGGCGGGUUUUCCAUCGGCUCCGUGGGCCCCGACGGGCAGCUGGGUCGCCAGAUCAGCCACUUCUUCUCCGAGAAUGAGGAUUUCCGCUGCAUUGCUGGCAUGUGCGUGGAUGCCCGCGGCGACCUGAUCGUGGCCGACAGCAGUCGCAAGGAAAUCCUCCAUUUCCCUAAAGGCGGGGGCUAUAGUGUCCUGAUUCGAGAGGGUCUCACCUGCCCGGUGGGCAUCGCCCUCACUCCCAAGGGGCAGCUGCUGGUCCUGGACUGUUGGGAUCAUUGCAUCAAGAUAUACAGCUAUCACCUGAGAAGAUACUCUACCCCUUAGAGAAUGGGGACUGCCGUGCUCUCUUCCGCUCCCCGGCCAACUUCCCUUCCCUUAAGUCUUUGGUUGUCCCAUGGUAAGGAUAGUGUAGACCGGGUCUGGGUCCCCCAUUCCAGCUGGGUUGUCCUAGAAUCUUAGAAGCUCUAGUUUUUAGUGGAUGUUCUUACUAUUAUUAUGAUGAGUAUUAUUAUUUGUUAUUCUCUCCCUGCCCCCCUCCCAUGUAGAGCUUUAACAGGUAUUAGCUGAAGUCUGAUUAGAAACUAGGCAGGCACUAUUCAAGACUCUCAUAGAGAAAGCCAUUUUAGACCUUCGCACCCUGUGUUUGAUAUUUACCUAUACUGAAUCCUGACCCAUCUUUUCUCCUUUGGCUUUGAUGUCCCGGGUCCAUUGUUUCUUCCCUGUUAUAAUGUGCUUCAACUGUGAUCCUUUCUCUUCAUCUCUGGUUGCAUUCUGUGCGCAUGCUCCAGUAGGGUCUGCUCCACCCUCCGUGACGUUUCAGACCUCCCAUGCCUGUAGCAUGAUGUCUCAGGUUGUUUGGUCACGUUUACCAAUGUGAGAAUGCAUUCACGCAGUGCCACCAAGAGAGAUGCCUGGUCCUUUGGGGAAACAAUACCCCUUGGCUGAAAAGUCUGUGCCAUCUCUCAUUAUGGAUGUGCCAGAGAGUGGAUUGAUUUUUAGCUAUUAGUGUUGAAGACCAGCCUGGAAUUACUUGCUUUGUAAAGGAGCUCAUGGGGUUAGAAGUGUGCCACAACGAAGAUACAAAUAAGCAAACAGAAAUACUGAUGUCACCAGCAAACUUGAUAGUCUCUAGGGCCCAGCACUGGUUCUGCUCUUGCCGCUCACCGGUGCCCAGUUGCCCAAGGAACUGUACAACACCUACCAGAGCUAACAAAAUGGGAAGGAACGUAGACACAUCUGCUUUCAUUACAAAAACAACAAACUGUUGGGUAGUUACUCAGUAUUUUCCUCAUGUGAGUGCGCACUGUUUGACAUUGGGAUUUUAUUUCUGUUCUAUCAAGCAUUAAAUAAUUGAUAACUUUGUUCA